CCACAAUCAGCAACAAGCCUUCCCCUCGCCAACUCAUUCACUCUUGUCUCUCUCGCCCACUUGUCAUCCACCUCAUCCACCUCAUCCACCUCGUUCUCUCCGACGUGGACUAGGCAGCUCCUCCUCUCCCUCUCCCGUUGCCUGCCCCGCCCCAUUGUUCAUAAUGGCGACUCAGAACGUUGGCGUUCUUCCGGUUGCGACCAUCGAGGUUGACUACGAUGAGGAGAUUCGGAAGAUCUCAGAGUUCCUCACCAAGUUCGUCUCCGAACGCCGGCAAGCGAACGGCGGAGCCAUCCCCGAGAAUGAUGACGCUGCCGCCGAGGACGAGACCGAGGACGAGUUGGAUGAUUUGGACGAGCUCCACAUGGAGGAGGCGCGCAGCCCCAAAUAUAUGCGCAUCAUGCGCAAGGUCGCCAACCGCCAGACUGCAGAGGUGGUUAUCGACCUCAAAGACCUCCAAAACUAUGGGACGGAUCACUCCCUUCUCCACAACAUUCUCAACAACACCCGCCGUUAUAUUCAGCUCUUCGCUGACGUGCUGGACAAGCUCAUGCCUGAGCCAGACAACGACCUCGACACCUCUGACGACAUCCUCGACAUGGUAAUGGCCUGGCGUCGAGAGCACAACGCGGCAGGCGAAGAUGAGAACGAACUUGACAGGACCCAGUUCCCGCCCGAGCUCAUGCGUCGCUACAACGUCUUCUUCCGCCCUCCACGCGGCACGGACGUUCUCGCCGUUCGCGCUGUACGAGCACAGCACCUUGGGCAUCUCAUCACUGUCCGCGGCAUCGUGACCCGUGUGUCCGAGGUCAAGCCUCUCCUCCUCGUCAACGCGUACACAUGUGACUCAUGUGGUGACGAAAUCUUCCAGGAGGUUGGCUCCAAGUCAUUCACCCCCCUCGUUGUGUGCCCCUCGCAGACAUGUCAGACAAACCAGACCAACGGCAACCUGCACAUGCAGACGCGCGCCUCGCGCUUCCAGGCGUUCCAGGAGGUGAAGAUCCAGGAGAUGGCCGACCAGGUUCCCGUCGGCCACAUCCCGCGCUCCAUGACAGUGCAUCUGUACGGCGCACUCACGCGCAAGAUCAACCCGGGUGACGUGGUCAACAUCUCGGGCAUCUUCCUCCCCACCCCAUACACCGGCUUCCGGGCAAUGCGCGCUGGUCUGCUGCAAGACACCUUCCUUGAGGCUAUGCACGUGCACCAGCUCAAGAAGCAAUACGAGGACAUGCGCAUCACGCCUGAACUCGAGGCAGCAGUUGACGAGCUUAGCGUCGACCCAGGACUCUACUCUCGCAUGGCUCGCUCGAUUGCCCCAGAAAUUUUCGGGCACGAGGAUGUCAAGAAGGCUCUCCUUCUUCUCCUCAUUGGAGGCGUGACGAAGAACGUCGGCGACGGCAUGAAGAUUCGCGGCGAUCUCAACGUUUGUCUUAUGGGUGACCCAGGUGUGGCAAAGUCGCAGCUCCUCAAGUAUAUCACAAAAAUUGCUCCGCGUGGUGUCUAUACCACCGGUCGCGGUUCGUCAGGCGUUGGUCUCACUGCCGCGGUCAUGCGCGACCCUGUCACGGACGAAAUGGUGCUCGAGGGCGGUGCGCUUGUUCUUGCAGACAACGGCAUCUGCUGCAUCGACGAGUUCGACAAGAUGGACGACUCGGACCGCACGGCAAUCCACGAAGUAAUGGAGCAGCAGACCAUCUCGAUCUCGAAGGCAGGUAUCUCGACGACCUUGAACGCGCGCACCUCGAUCCUUGCCGCUGCCAAUCCUCUGUACGGCCGUUACAACCCCAAGGUUUCGCCCGUUGAGAAUAUCAACCUGCCGGCCGCUCUCCUGUCGCGAUUUGACAUCCUCUUCCUCAUCCUUGACACGCCGAGCCGCGAGAACGACGAGCUGCUCGCCCAGCACGUUACGUAUGUGCACAUGCACAACGAGGCGCCGGAGCUCGACUUUGAGGUCGUCGAGCCAACGCUCAUGCGCCACUACAUUGCCAGGUGCCGUACAUUCCGCCCGGUUGUUCCUAGGGAGAUGAGCGAGUACAUCGUGUCGUCAUACGUCACGAUGCGCAAGGAGCAGAAGGAGGCCGAGGCUGAGGACAAGUCGUUCACCUAUGUGUCGGCACGUACUCUGCUGGGCGUGCUGCGCCUUUCGCAGGCACUUGCGCGCCUCCGCUGGGACUCGACCGUUCGCCAGGAGGACGUCGACGAGGCUCUGCGUCUUAUGGAUGCGUCCAAGCAAAGCCUGAUCGAGGACCGCGGUGAGAUUGGUGUCGACCGCACCGACACGUCCAAGAUCUUCCGGAUCAUCAAGGAUAUGGCGAGCGGGCGCGGUGCCGCCGCUCGUCGUCGUGCGCAGCGUGCGGCGGAUGAUGAUUUCGAAUCAGAGGAGGAGUCGCUCCAGGAGCUCGCGAUGGUGGACGUGCGCGCGCGCGUGAUCGCAAAGGGCUUCACCGAAAACCAGCUCAUGGACACAAUCGCCGAAUACGAAAACAUGGGCGUGCUCGUGCGUGAAGCCAACGACACACGCCUCCGCUUCGUCGACGAGUAGUUCUAGAUGCCCAUCUAUACAGCUUAUCGGGCAGCGGCCUCCGCCGCGCCCUGUAAUACCCUCUCCCCCGACUUGCGACUUGUAUUUUUGGUAUGCAUUGACUUGUGACAGUG